GCUCAGUUCAGUCGUGGUUAAAUGUGGGAAGCAUGGAUCCCUCCGCUGCAGUCUCACUUUACCUGUAACACAGAAGACAACGGACUUUGAUUUGUCAGUGGCACACAGUGUGUCAGUAAGAUGCAGCUACGACUGUGCUGACCGACAGCAGCUCAACAAGUCACAACACUGGACAGCUGACGAGCUGCAGCGUGUGAGUUGGUAACUCAGUCUCAGUGUGCCAUGGGUGGACCUGCCCUGCCCCUGUGUCUGCUGCUCUGGAUAGUAGGAGCGGAUGUUUCCAGGACGCAAGGUCAGGUCAUAGCUCCGGCCAGUCUCAAUGCAGAGGUGGGUCGUUCCCUGCUGCUCGGCUGCAACAUCACCAUGGAAGCAGGCAACACAGUCCGGCAAGUGCGCUGGCUCAACAGGCACAAGAAGGUUGUCCUGGCGUACAAGCAAAGCCAGCCAAUCCGCAUCAGCCAUCAAGGACCCAACGUGGAGCUCACCGCCUCCAACAACGAUGCCAGCUACAUCACCAUCAAGAGGGUGCAGCCUGAUGACGAGGGCUGCUACCUUUGCAUCUUUGAUGUUUACCCCACAGGCUCGCUGGAAGGCAGGACGUGCAUCAGCGUCACUGGUAAAGUGCGCCUGGAGGGCAACAAGACAGCCGUGAGCGGGAAGCCGGCCACCCUGUCCUGCUGGUACAGCCUCCCCGAGAAGGUCAAACAGGUGCUGUGGAGGAAGACGGCUGAGCAGGGUGACACCACCAAGGUGGCCGCCUUCGCCAAGGGCGGCCACCAGUCCAUAGAGGAGCAGUACAAAGGUCGGGUGACCUUGAGCCAAACGCUGGGCGACACUCAGCUGACCAUUCAGGCGGUCAGGACGGAGGACGAGGCCUGCUACACCUGCGAGUUUCACACGUACCCAGAUGGCACCAGAAGUGACAUCGCCUGCCUCUCUGUUUAUGUUUUACCCAAACCAGAGGUGAGCCAUGUGACCUCGUCCUCAGGAGUCACUGAGGCAAACUGCACCGCCCAGUCCCGACCUGCAGCAGAGAUCAUGUGGAACAUUGGCGGGGAGAACCGAACACUCGGACCGCCCAUUUCAACCUCUUACGAGCAGGGUGAUGGCACAACCGUAGUGACAAGUACGCUGGUAUUCCAAUCGGGGCUGCUCAGUGACCUGUCUGUCAAGUGCAUUGUGCACCACCCGGGUCUGGAGAAACCUCUGACACUGUCCCUCAACAAAAACGUGGGUCCGGCCAUGGUCAUCCUCCUUUCAGUGUGCGGUGUGGCAGCGGUCCUCCUCCUGUGUCUCUGUGUUUGUCUCUGCAAGUGCUUCAUCUGCACUGACGACUGAUUUGGAGGCCGACGUCACUGCUGCUUUGAUGAAGGUCCAGCGGAGCUCUGAGGCUGACCUAACUGCUCAUCACCGUGCCCUCCAGCUCAGCGUGCAGAGGAAGGGAACAGAGCUGUCACAGAACGGAGCCAACAUGGCUGGUUCUGCUCCCAUGAGCUGGGAAGAUCACACAUUCCUCUUGUCAUUUAAUACAAAGUAAACAGAACUAAAACUACAUUAUUUAAUGCUAGAUUUCACACUUAACAGUAGAAACGUUGCUUCGAUGAUUGAUGAAAUCCUUUUGAUAUGAGCAGAGGUUGUAGGAUUUGCAUCAGUAUGUUUAAUGGAAUCAUGGAGGUCCAGUUGUGUUGCUGUGUGUGUGUGUGUGUGUGUGUGUGUGUGUGUGUGUGUGUAAGGUCAGAUCUUAGAUGUUGAACAGAGUAAUAAGUUAUAUAUUUUUUAAAGUUUUGGUUAUGUCUAGCUUGAGUACAGUUUGCUCAGUUGAAGUGUUUUUGACUUUGUUGGUUAGCUCAUUAUAAAAAUUUUAACAAAAAAUAAUUAUUGUAAUGUUGAAAUAAAUCAAUAAAUAAUUUA